ACACGGCGCGCCGCUUUACUCAAGUCGGAAGCUCAAAAUGAACUAAAAUAAACAAUAUAAACACGAGUAUGGAGUUUAAUUACGGAAAUCUGUAUUCAUAAGACCUUUCAUGCGUUUCAGUUUAAUCUCGAUCAACAAUGCCUAUUCGAGCAUACUGCACAAUCUGCUCAGAUUUCUUCGACAAUUCCAAAGAUGUGGCUGCAAUUCACUGUGGUCAUACCUUUCACUAUAGCUGUCUUCUCCAGUGGUUUCAGUCAGCCCCAAACAAAACUUGUCCACAAUGCAGAAAACAGGUCAGCACGCGGCACAUAAUUAACAAGCUGUUCUUUGACAUAGCCCCAGAGGAUGAAGGGGCGCCAGUGGAUCCUGAAAGUUUACAGAAUGAGCUCGAUCGCAUGAAAGCAGUGCUGUCUGGGAAAGAGAAAGAAUGGAGAGAAAAGCAGAAGUCAGUUGACACUUUAAAAGACACAAUCGAGAAGCAGAAGAAGGAUCUGGAUCGAGUCCGGAAAGAAAUUGGUGAUAAAGAGAUGCUGUGUUCUGUUCUCCGGAAACAGAUGAAUUUCUUGGAGAGCCAGAAAAAUGAAGGACAGGCAGCCAAGGAGGAAGCCAAGCGUCUCAGAGUCAAAAUGAAAACCUAUGAGAGUUUGGAUGUUGUCCUUCAAGGCCAGAGGUCAGAGGUGGAGGCCAUGAUCACUGAUAUGGGUGUUGGUCAAUCUGCUGUUGAACAGUUGUCUAUAUACUGCAUCUCACUUAAAAAGGAGUACGACAAUCUGAAAGGAAGCCUCAAAUCAUCAAAUGAGAUGUGUGAGAAGCUAAAAAGGGAAAUGAUCUCUUCUAACAGCAAGUUGCAGAAAGCCACUUCAGAGACAAACAAGACAAAGGAGGACAUGAAGGCACUUCAGAAAGAUCUGUCAAGCGCAGACAAAGAGAUCACUAGUUUGAAGAAGAAGGUGGAGAUUCUUCAGCGAACGUUAAGCACUCCAACUCGCACUAACGAGGCUAUCAGCAGAUUAGUGUUUGAAAGCCCUGCGCCUCUGGAGCUGAAGCCUCCUGGUCAUGGUCAGAUGACAGACUCUCAGGAAAUUGACCUCAACCUGACAUUUGACAUCAACACCCCUGAACAUGUGGAGAAGAAACCCGUUCAGGUCCCUAAGAAGAUGCGUCUGGAUCCUUCAGCAUCCUCAUCAACACAGAACACAGAAAAUACACAAGGCAGAAAUAACGGUCGUGUUAAAGAUGAUGAUGUCAUGAUGGGACCCUUGUUUAGAAACUCUCUACUCUUUAGAAAGAAUGCAUUUGGAAGCAUGCUGGACCCCUGCAAAUCUGGCACUGUAAGAUCUGGCUAUGAUGGGCUCGGAGGAAGAGCCAAAUUCAUCCAACCCUCUCCUCUUUCUGAGAUUCGACCUCUUGUCAUGAAGUCUAAGAGGAAGAAGGUCUCCAGGCCCGUUACAAGCAAACCCACCUCCAGCCUGACUACUCUGGACGGGUUCUUGGAAUAAAACAUCACCCUUUUGAGGCCCAAGAAAGACCCUUUUCCCUUAAUGCCACUCAGAAAUGCAUUAUGGGAAAUGAACAUUCACAGACGCUUUAAUAAGGGAAGUGGUCCUUGUGAAUGCUUGUUACCCAUGUGGAGCUGCUGAUAAACUCAAAAACACCUUAGCGCUCGCUUUUGUAAAUUUUCACUAGAGACUGAAAAUGGAGUCUAAUGCGAGACCAUGCUUGCUGAAAAAUCUGUACUUUUCAUCUUGGGGAGUUUUUCAGCUUGGACAGAUUGAAUGGUGCCACCAGGUAGUGGAUGCCUUAUAAUGUGCUACAUUUUACUAGUCGAAAGUUUAAUUUAUUUGACUUUGCUUGCCAUCAGAAUUAAACAGGGCUGCAUUUCUGUCUUUGUAUUUUCAAGUGUCUUUAGGUUAGAAUUUACGUCUAUCUUUUGUUUGUUUUGUUUCUUCUCUAAAUAGUUUGAUAUAUCAAAAAUUGUCCUUUGUUUAGAAAUGUAUUUGUUUGAGAUUUGUUUUUCUCUUGUGU